GCGCAAGUUGGACCACCUGGUAGAAAAGGUUCCUUCCACGAGUGAUGAUUUUAAGAAGUUGUCUCGUUCUGCUGACAGUGUUCCACGGCAACGUCUACGCCGCAGUUAACGAUGUGAUUCCUAUCCCUCGGUAUAGCAUUCCGCACAGUUUGGCUUUUGGUAAGGUCAUCAAUGGCAAGACCGCUGAAACCGGGCAGUUCCCGUGGCAGGUUUCGAUCCGGGCCGCGCUGGACCGAUCCGUUACGGUUUGCGGUGGGUCGUUGAUCGCUCCCCAGUGGAUUCUUACGGCAGCGCACUGUGCCAAGGAUUACACCGGCUUCCAGAUUGGAUUUGGUUCUAAUUUGCUGAACGUUCCUCGGUUGACGAUGUCCGCCGUUUCGAAGAUCGUGCAUCCGGAGUUUGAUCCCGUUCGGUUGAACAAUGACGUGGCGGUUAUUAAGCUUCCCUCGCCGGUUCCGUUCAGCUGGGAAAUCUCACCGAUUCAGCUGCCGCCAUUGAGCUAUGCUUCGAAAACGUUCCAGAAUGCGGCCGGUGUAGUGUCCGGAUUUGGACGGACUUCCGACGCUAGUCAAUCGAUCUCCGCUCUGCUCAAGUACGAAACGCUGAGAAUCAUCUCCAACGCGGAAUGUUCAACCGUGUACGGCUCAUCGGUCAUCCGGAACUCAACGAUGUGUGCCGUUGGUUGGGAACGCACUAAUCAGAACGUUUGCCAGGGAGAUUCGGGAGGACCGUUGGUGAUCGAAGAGAACGGGACGUACCUCCAAAUCGGAGUGGUGUCGUUUGUUUCGAACCGUGGCUGUAGCACCGGAGAUCCGUCCGGGUACAUCCGGACGGCCUCGUAUCUGGAGUGGAUCGCGCAGCAAACGGGAGUUAUGUUGAGGACUUAAGAUUUAGUUUAAGAUUGAUUAGAAUUUAAACACACUUAUGAAAAUAUCACUCUCACGUCUUGGAAUAAAUUAUCGUAU